AGACAACAUCGCCGCAAGUAUCGUCACAUAAAGUACACAGUAUCUAGCAAAAAGUCGUUCAAACAUCCGUCAACUUCAACCGUGGAUCCCCUGCUUGCUGCUGUCAAUUUUCAAGGCUGCCAAAACUCUGCCCAGUGCCACUUCGCCAACAUCAGUGCUUAAUUACUCCAACCACCAUGGGCCCAAAAACAUCCGCUGCAAAGGCGAAGCCACUGCCCCCAGGCGUCUACACUCCAGUGAUCACUAUCUACAAUGAUGUAGCCGACCAGACCGUGGAUUUGAAGGCCAUGUACGCCCACGGUCAGUAUCUCAUCAAUAGCGGCAUGCAUGGGCUUGUCUACCUCGGCACAAAUGGCGAGCUCGCCCUACUCACAGCCCCGGAGCGGCAAGCAAUCCUCCGCAAUGCCCGGAAGCUGGUGACGGAUAUGGGUCUCCCCGACUACCCCAUAGUCGCCGGUAUCUCGGCGCAGAGCACCGUGGAGACAAUCCAGCUCGCCAGGGAAGCGGGCGAGGCCGGGGCUGGCUGGGGCCUUCUCCUCCCUCCUAGCUACUGGGCCAAGGCACUGCCGACGGAGGCACUUGUUGCGUAUUACCGCGACGUAGCGGAUGCAAGUCCUAUUCCCGUUGUCAUUUACAACUUCCCCGGGGUAACAUCGGGAGUUGAUCUGGACUCGGACCAAAUCGCAGCACUUGCUUCACAUCCCAACAUCGUAGCCACAAAGCUCACAUGUGGGAACGUGGGGAAGCUUACGCGACUGACGUCUAAGUUUGAGCCUCCUUAUUUCGGUGUCUACGGUGGAAGCAGCGAUUAUCUGCUGCCAACCCUGCACGCAGGCGGGAACGGCUGUGUCACCGGAAUGGGCAACAUCUUCCCCAAAUCCACAUCCAGGGUAUAUGACUACUGGGCGGCCGGGGAGCUGGAAAAGGCCAGGGAACUGCAGGACCUGGUGGCCAAUGCGGAGUGGGCAUGCAAAAAAUCCCUGGCAUGCACAAAAUACGGGGCCUGGUGGUAUCUCGGGAAGCAGCUGGGCCUUGACAACGAGAAACAAUUCAAGAUGCGGAAGCCGUAUCUGGAGCUGAACGAUGGCCUCAAAAAGUGGACAGUAGAGACGCUAUCAGUGUUGGAGGAGAUGGAAAACUCGUUGGCUGGCCGUCAGACGACCAAAUAGACAUCGCCUAGGAUGUUCACAGAUGCCCAGGUGGAAGGCCAUCCUUAAUAUUAGACUUCUUGAGAUUUGCUCAAAAAAUAAAGCUUCCGUGAGAAGAGAGGAG